CAUACGAGCCGUGUUUACGUUUUGCGAAUCAGAAACCGGGUAAUUUCGUGUUUGUUUCUAAAGUAUGGGGCUCCAAUUAAACUCGGCUUCGGGCAACUUCCAACUUUGACAGCGUCCGUAAUUUCCUCGUGCCGUGAUGUGUGUUUAGAGGAUUCCGUUGGAAGAUUUAAAACGCAAGUGAUAUGCUUUCGGUUUAAUUCGAAGCGCGAUGGGUUGCAUUUUGUCCUUACUGCUGGGGAAGUCGAAAGAGGAGGAGCAACAACCGGAAGUACCCAAAAAAUAUUCAUGGGAUCUUCGAAAGGAAAAAAACGUCAACGAUUUUAAAUUUGAAAAUCUAGAUAAUGCCGAGCUAUUCAAAGGUCCGGGGUCCAUCAAUGGAGAGCAAUUCAUCAUUAGGAACUGCAGCAAUAGUAAAAUAUUCUUACUGGACUACACAAAUAUGCUGACUGUCGACGAUUCUUCCAACUGCCUUCUUAUUUUGGGCCCCGUCAAAAGCAGCGUAUUUUUCAGAAAUUGUUCAAACUGCACAUGCGUUGUUGCCUGCGGUCAAUUCAGGAUGCGAGAUUGUAAGAAAAUGAACAUCUUUCUACACUCGGCUACGACUCCCACGAUUGAAUCCUCAACAGAUAUUGAAUUCGCUUGUCAUCAACUAAAUUACAAUGGAUUGAAAGAACAAUUUAAACUAGUAAAUUUGAAUAUAUUCACAAACUGCUGGUACUCAGUUCAUGAUUUUACUCCUGGUGAGGGUAGUUGGGGUUUGCUGCCACCUUUUUGUACUCUUGAAUCACUAGUUAGUCUUAUAAACACAUCGUGCAAUUUAAGGAGAAACUUGGAGAACGUAUGUUUGGAUUUGAGCAAAAGCCAAAGUCUAGUGCCUCAGACCAUCGGAGCGAUCAUCGAAAAACCCACUUACGAGUCUUGUCUUGUUCUGUUUAUCCUUGAUUCUAAGACUCUGAAAGUCCAGGAUGAUGAAGUCCUCUCAUUUAUAAAAAAAUUAACUUUUGAAUCGAAAGACGUAUCACUUAUUAACAGCCGGAGUGUUGUGGUGACCUUGCGACAAAUACUGGACAUUUUUGAGGGUAAGACGCUGAAAACUGACGCCGAAAGCAUCACUGUUAUCGGACUUCAUUUCCACGGAUUAGAGUGUCUUCAAUAUUGUAACAAGGUGGCGUUUGAACUUUCGAUCUCACCUCAAACUGUUCUAAUCAGUGCCUCAAAGACAGAAGCCAGUCGUCAAGUGGAACAAUUUUUCUCUCUGUCAGACAUGUUGGUGUUCUAAAUGUUCGACUAUACAUAUCCAAAAGUCAACGCAAGUUAUCUUUUUUUGAAGAAUGCGUCAGUGUACCGUUGAUAUCAUGUUCCAGUCUUAUGUUGCGAAAGAAUUCGAAGGCACGCAAUUUUAAAUUGAAAUGAUGCGAUGGAAUGAGACUGCUAGGAUGAAAAUAACCUAGGUCAGGUCAAUUUUUUAAUUGGUAUGAAAGUUUCAAUAUAUAUUUUUUCUGAGGUAACCAGUAAAUAACAGUUUGGGAUUACAAUACGAAACAAAGGAACACACGUAGAAAACAGGCCUUUCAUAAACUAAGCAACACUACAGAAAUCACAUUUACUUUCACUUGCCAAAGAUUUGUGGUUGAACUGAAUAUCAGUAAGUACUUGUACUUAUGCACGCACCAGUGUACGCAUUCAGGCAUGUCAGUGCAUGAAGCCUGAGUUUGAUCAUUUUUAUUUUGAAUAGCAGCGCUAUGCAGUUGCAUCCAUUAUCAUAAGGAUUCGAUUGUUUUAUGUUAUAAAUAAAGACCAACUGAACGAUAGUUUAAGUUCAGCAAGGCGUUGUUCUUUAGAAUUGUCACCUGAGAAGGAUCAUUUUAGGUGGCUAUUUUAAGUAAAGUCAAAAUUUUCACAAUUUUUUACAUAAAUAUCCAAACAUAUUUAUCUCGAAAGAUUCAUCGUCACGAUGAUUUCAGCCACAUAAUACGUAUAAAGGUUUUAAAAUUCAAAAUGAAUAACAAGUUAUUACUUAUCUUUGUAUACAAAUAGAGCACUUUUAUUUAGAAAACGUAACAUGUUGACACUUAACUUCAGAUAUAAAAUGAACAAAAACAUGUGUAAAAUAUCUACUGAAAACAAAUAUUAUAUAAUCAAUGAAAAAUUUAAUUGAGCUCAAAACAAAAGCAUUGGAUUAAAAAUUGGUAUGAUUUGUACUCACAAUAAAUAUCUUAAAAAUAACAGUGAGGUUACUGUCGUGUAAAAAA